AUAAAAUGCAGUGUUAUCAUAUCAUGUGAAUAUAAGACAUCAUCACCACUGUGUUUAAUCACUUGUUUACUGCAGCUUCCUCUCUGACUUGUGGUAAGUAAUAAAAUAAGAAGAUUAAUUAGUAUCUCAGUAGACUAUGGACUGAACCAUCAGAUUAUAUCAAAUAGCAGCUCCUUCUUCUUUCGGUUCAUUAUUGACUUUGCAGGGAGUGGUUGGUAACGAUAAGUAGACUCUACUUGGUUUCUACAUUUUCCGUUGGAAUUUGGUUUCUACGUUGUUGUUUUUGUUUUGUUUUUUGUUUUUUUUGCACUGUUCCUGGGUUCAGUCAUCGUCGUGGAUGCUGUUCUCAUGUUCAAACUCACCUCAUCCCAAAUCUCAUUGAUGUGUCUUGGACUUACGAAAAAAUGUUCCUGCUACAUGACAAGACUUCAAGAAGAACAUCUUUGAGAACUUCAGCUUUUCUGAUAAUUGUGAUUAAAGUCUUGUCCUGUCAAACCCUCACAUGUCGUCCAGAAGAGUAUCAGAAUUGGAAUAUUUGCUGCCCAAUGUGUCCACCUGGAGACAGAGUUGAUAUAGAUUGUUCAGCGUACAGUGAUACAUCAUGUCGGCCCUGCACGAGUGGAACUUAUACGGAUAAAGCUACUGGACGUAAGCAGUGUUUCCAAUGCACCAACUGUGAUACAGGUUCUGGUCUGAAGGUAAAGAAGUCAUGUAGAACAACAUCAGAUACAGUUUGUGAACCACUUGAAGGAUUCUUCUGUACUGACUUAAUAAAGGACCAAUGUGAAGCAGCACAGAAACACAAGGACUGUGAUCCAGGACAAUACAUCAAGAAAAAAGGUACAUCCUCCUCAGACACUGUGUGCUCUGACUGCAGUUAUGGAACAUUUUCAGAUGGAACAUUAACAUCUUGUCACCAACACAGACAAUGUGAAUCAAUGAACCUUCAGCUGAUAACAGCAGGAACUAAGUCAACUGAUUCUGUUUGUGGGGAAAAAACUUCAAAUGUUGGAGUUAUUGUGGGCAUCAUCAAUCUGGUGGUUGUUUUAGUCAUUCUAAUAAUAGUAGUAGCAGUAUUGUACUACUUCAGAAGAAAGAUAAAAUGUCUAACAGUUACAGACAAAAACAAUCAUACAGACAACUCCAUAGAGACACCUCUACGUAAACGACAACCAGUGGAAGAAUCAAUGUCAUUGUCACAGCAUCAGGAGGUUGUGUAACCAGUCUAAACUCUCAGAUGAAAUCUGUUGCUCCAGAAUCCAGUUAUUAUUCAUUUGGAUUUUGGCAGAUUUUCUUCAGAGAGAAAACAAAAUACAAAUCAGUGAGAUCAACCUCUGGCUUAGAACAUCCUGCUGACAGUGACACAGAGACACUUUUAUUUUAUUUGUAAGUUAUUUCAGUUAAACUGAGUGUGUCUGUCUUAAUAGACUAAUGUUGUUAAAAAAAACACUGAGCAUUAACAUGUUUCAUCAGUAUUUUAGGAUUAGAUUGAACUUUAAAUUAUCAGUGUUAUGACCAUAGGGGUCAUAAUUUGUAUUCUAUGUUGGUUUUCUCUCUGUUGUGUUGUCCCUCCCUGUCCAGGAGGGGGAGCUGUGUCUUUGUUUGUGUCCAGGAUGUGCCCUUGCAGGUGGAUGCUGCCCAUUGGAGGUAGACCUGGAUGCCGCGGUUUCAAAAGUGGAGCCGGCAACAGACUCUCUCUCUCUCGCUGGCUUGUCUUGGUUUUCUAGUAUCCCCCGCACUGUGAUCAUCUCCCCCCUGCAAAUCGCCGACUCCAACCAGAUCUGGCCUUCUUGUUAUUAGUGUUGUCUCGCUUAUGUGCGGAUGAGAUGUUGUAUCUCACUUGUAAAUAUUGUAAAUAGUACAGACAGGGUGCAGUCCCAUUUAGUAGGGGUGAGCAGCCUUUUUAUUUUGGUCCAUCUUUUCUCCUGUUUUGUUGGAUAGGGAGUGAGGGUAGAAACCUGUUUUUCUGUUGACUCCUUUUUCUUUGGGUAUAGGCAAGUCAGAUUUCAACCCAGCUUGUUUUGUUUAUUGUUUUAGGUGAUGCUCACCCCGAAGACCUUAUGUUCGUUUGGGUAAAAACAAAUCCCUUCGUUUUUGGACUGCAUUUCUCCGUGUUCUCCGUGUGGAAGAGGGAGAGUUUUUUUAUGUUAUGUUUAGGUAUCCCUAGGUCGGGCAUAACAUAACUGGGGGCCCGAAUGUGUUUCCCUGUGUUUUUUGGCACCAGAUCGAUUUGGUUUGCUUUCACGAUUCGUUUGUUUUGCAUAUUUCUGGCAGACACUGUUUCAUUUAGUGAAAUUGCAAAUGUGUACAAUGUGCAAGUGCCUCCCAGGCUUAGGAAGGAGGCAGCUCCUGGUGGGGAAGUUGUCAGAGAGAUUAACUGUUUCUUCUGUUGCAGCAUAUGAUGGGAAAAGUGACGAGGAGAUGCCAUUUUUUAUUGAAUCUGAUAUUGACAGUCGACAAAGAAUGUCAAAUGCUGUGCAAAUAAUAACUGAAUCAAUAAAAAACGCAUUAAACCUAAAAGGGUUAUAGUCAUAUUGUUUGCUAUAUUUAAAGCUGUAAUAGUAAACAUGAAGCAC